AUGGAUGAUCAUUCAUGUGACUUCAUCACUCUAGAAGCCGAAAGGAACCCAGAAUCACUACGUAAAUGGCUGUCCAUUGUAGAAGAAGGAAAGACGACGACGAAAGGAUUUCAACUUUUCUCGUCCAAGGCGAAGAAGCAUCUCUCUUCUCUUGGUUGGCGUUUCGCUUACGUUCACAAAGGGAGGUCGUCACGAGAGAUGCGCUACAUAUCUCCAGAGGGUAAGUGGUUUUACUCUUUAGUCACAGCUUGUGAAGCUUGUCUCGAAGAUGAAGACUACGACUCGUGUCAAGAACAAGAUGUGGUCAACCAAGAACCGCAAGUUUGUGAUGAUGGGAACAAGAACAAGAUAAACCAACAAGAGGAGGCUGAUGAUGAGUCUAGUAGCGAAGACAACGAUGAGGCUGAGCUAAGGCUAAGGAAGAAGAAGAAGAAGAAGAGAGUGAAGGUUUGUGAUACGCCACCGUUUAAUGAGAUUAUAAGUAGCGACGAUGAGGUAACUUCACGGCCAAGGUUUGGGAAAUCGCUUAAGACGAAUUGUGAUGUGUGUUGUGUUUGUCAUCUACGUGGUGGUGGAGAUUUGCUUCGAUGCAAUGGUUGUCCUUCAGCAUUUCACUAUGAUUGCUCUGGUUUGUCGUGGAUUGCUCUCGAUGAACAGGAAUGGUUCUUCUGUCCUUGCUGCUGCUGCAAGAUUUGUAAUCAAAGGAGAACGCCAGGUGGCAGCGCGUUGUUGACUUGUGAGCAAUGCAGUAGAAGAUGGCAUCGAAAUUGUCUGGAGCCACCACAGAGUUUUAUUUAUUUUCCAUGGUUUUGUAGUGCACAAUGCAGAAGAGUUUUUUCGGCGCUUGAGAAACUCCAGGGAACUAAGAUUGAAGUAGGAGAGGAAGACGAGGGUUUGGUGUGGUGUUUGAUGAGAGCUCCUAAUGACGCUGUUGAGAUGCUUCGUAAGUCGUUUAAGGCUACACCAGAGCGUUUCUCUGGGAGAGAUCUUGUUGAGGAAUUGAUGUUCAGCAGAGAUUCAGAUGGCGUGGGACGCAGGUUUUACACUGUUUCGGUUGAGAGGAACAGUGAGCUUAUCACUGUGGGGGCAGUGAGAGUUGGCAAAGAUGUAGCUGAGAUCCCUUUGGUGGCGACACUGACUACAGAGUCUGAUGAUAGUAAAAGUGAGAUGUGUAGAGUAGUUAUGGAUGAGUUGGAGAAGCGAUUGUCUGAAAUGGGAGUUUGUAGAUUGGUCUUACCGGCUUUGGCAGAGGAUGUGAACACUUGGACUCGGCUGUUUGGGUUCUCGGUUAUGGAAAGUUCUGAGAGGUUGGAGCUUCUGAAACAUGGGUUGUUUGAUUUUCUUGGUACUGUUAUGUGCCAAAAGUUUCUGAAGGGAAGAGAAGAGUGA